AUGGAGCGGCUAGCCGCUCUCUGCAUCGCAGGCCUCCUCGCCUGCACCGCACACCUCACCGCCUCCCUCGAUAAAUCCAUCGCUCUCCAACGGCCCGUCCAUGCUUCCGUCGCCGUCCUGCUCAUCGCCGGCGUCGCCCUGCUGCUUGCCGACAAAGUACGCCCCUUGCGAUCCGAGUCCGCCGCCUCGGAACAGCAGUAUGCGCCAAUUCCCUUGUCAGACCUCGGCGAUGCAAAUCCCUCGCGCCCUGUGUCGCCGUCGCCUGCCGACCCGCCUGCCGUCCUGCAACCCCGUCCGACCCGCGGUCUGAAGCGACGAUGCGCCCUCGCCGUCUUCCUCCUCUGCGCUCGCAUAGAGAUCUUGCGCCAGGUUGUUGCGGGCAGCGAAUGCUCGACCCCCACCCGAGAGACGCUGGUGCCCGUCUUCAUUGCCGUCGCCGAUUGGUGGUUGGUCCGGCGCCGCCAACCUCGCCACCGCGAACGGAACGGCGACAAUGAUAAUGACAUGGACACCACUUUGUACAGCGAUGCCCUGAGCGGCCUUGCUGGUAGUAGCUGGCGGCCGACGGUGGCCAUUGUCUUCCUCGCGUGGUCUAGUACUGCCGCCAUUGCCCGCGCCUUGCCCGCCAAAUCCACCUACAUUUGCCCUCCCCUUUCCCGCGAUUAUACCAUGAUACCCAGGCUUCAGAUUGCUGGCGUUUUGUUGGACGGUUUCCUUGCUGUACUGUUGUAUCAAAUGUUGAACUCAUAUGGCCCCAGACCUGGCAGCUCCACAUCCAGGGCACUCUCUUGUCUGGGAGCGGCGUGCGUAGUCUCCGCUCUCAUCUGGAUCGUGAUCGGUGCUGGCAUGUAUCAAUUUGCCUCUGAUUAUGCGCGUAGUCUGAUCAGCCCCACUCCAAGGCAUUUCACUUCAAGCGUCAUCAGGCUGGCCAUUGAAGCAUCGCUCGUCGCGACAUGCGCCGUUCAUUCUAUCAGGCAUUUCGGGAUGCUGAAUGUUGCGGUCCUUAUUCUCUUCACUGCUGCUUCGGUUUCUCUCUUUAUGACUACCUGGAAUCACUCCCACCCCUUUCCUCCACUGCCUGGAGGAUUGGUACUUUCUCUGGUCGGCAUGACUUUCAGCUUGGCUUUCUAUUCCCUGCCCGAGCCACCCCACUCGGGCUCCAAGCUGAAGUCACUUUCGCACCUCUGGGGUUUCUAUCCCAUCAUUGCUGUGCUGUUUUUCCUGCAGCUGCUGCUGGUUUACAAUGGAGAUGACGAAGUCCGAUACCACCCAAUCGACAUGUUAAUGUUUGAUGCCAAGGAGAGAAACGAGCACUGGCUCCAGUGGGCCUCGUCCAGCAUCUCGAUUGAAACGGCGGCUGUGAACUACACCACACGGUACAAGAGACAUCCUCCGCCUCACUUCGACGCGUGGUAUGUGUAUGCCACCAGCCGUUCGUCCGUCAUCAUAGACGACUUCGACUCGAUCCACGACGAUUUGCUUCCCUUCUGGUCCCUCAGCCCGGCUGAGAUCAGGCAACGCACAUGGGAGGCCAUAGCCGACCCAUCCAAAGGCAUCGGUGGAAUCUUCAUCCGCGAGGGCAAAGCCCGCAUUGCACCCAACGUGCCGCGUAACCAACGGCUGAUGCUCGACAGCAUUGUACACAUCAUUGACAAAUUCGGGCAGUGGCUUCCAGACAUGGACUUGGCUUUCAAUCUCAACAAUGAAUGCCGGGUGGCUGUUCCUUUCGAGGACAUGGAGAUCAUCAGCUCAGACGCGGCGGACGCAAUCAGCAAAGAAAGUACCGAGAAAGAUCUCAAAAAUGACUUCUCUCCGGAGCGCGAGAUUGGAUGGCAAAAACUCCCAGAAGCUCCCCACAGCGCAGAUCACUUCGUGACUCUAUCCAGGCGCUCGACGUGGGACGAAUUCGGUGCGAUGACUUGUCCACCCAGUUCCCCGGCGCGUUCGCAACGGAUUUGGAACCGUCGAGAUUUCUGCGCCUCGUGCGCCCUUCCCCAUACUCUGGGGGCAUUCUUCGCGAACUGGACGCUGGCCUCAGACAUCUGCUACCAGCCCGAUCUCGCAAACCUCCACGGCUUCUACACGUCGCCCAACACCUUCAUCGGCACCCACCGCCUCAUGCCCAUCUUCAGCCAAAGCAAAGCGCCCGGCUUCAACGACAUCAUCUACCCCUCGGUCUGGAACUACAUCGACCGCGUCGCCUACGCGCCCACGGACGAGUUCCCCGACCCGGCCUUCCUGGACAAGACGCCCGACCUCUUCUGGCGCGGCGCCACGUCCGAAGGGUUCGCCGGCGCCGGCGGCAAGUUCUGGCACGGCAUGACGCGGCAGCGCAUGGUGCACGCGCUCGCCCUCAGCAACGACACGCAGGUCCUGCCGCUCCCGCACCCCGUCGCCAGCUACAAGCGCAAGCUCCGCUACGUCCCCGUCGCGCCGCAGCUGCUCCGCGCCGCCAUCCCCGUCGACGUCGCCUUCAGCGACAUCGCCCGCUGCGGCGAGCCCGCCUGCUCCGCCGAGCGCGACCUCUUCAUCGGCCCCGCCCCAGCCCCAGCCGCACCAGACCCCGCAGACCCCAACCACGAGUCACUCUCCCCAUCCGCGCAGCAGCACCGCCGCCGCCACCACCGCCGCGCCCAAGAACGCAAAAACGCCACCCCCCUCCAAGCGCACUGGCAGCACCGCUACCUCGUCGACGCCGACGGCGCCGGCUUCUCCGGCCGCUUCCUCGCCUUCCUCCGCUCGCGCAGCCUGCCGCUCAAAAUCCACCCCCUCUUCCGCGAGUGGUGGCACGGCCGCGUCACGCCCUGGCUGCACUUCGUGCCGCUCGACCCGCGCCUGCAGGGGUUGUGGCCGACGCUGGCGUAUUUUGCGGGGUUUAAGGGAGUGAUUGGGGAUGAUGGGGGUGAGGAGGUCAAGGUUUAUGGGAAUGUGGGUCAGGGGCAGAGGAUUGCGGAGGAGGGGCGCAGGUGGGCGGAGGCGACGUUGAGGCGGGAGGAUAUGGAGGUUUAUUUUUUUAGGCUGUUGUUGGAGUGGGGGAGGCUGACGGAUGAUGGGAGGGUGGGGUUGGGGUUUGUGCCGGAGGCGGAGGGUGGGGUUGGGGGGGUGGAGGGGGAGGGGAAGGGGGAGGCGGAGGCGGAGGGGAAGGGGGAGGCGGAGGACGGUGGGGGGCGGGAAAGAAAACGAAGAACGAGUCUCCGGCGGGCGUUUACCGCGGCUACAUACAACGCCGCUUCAGACGCGCUCAAGGCCGCCGUCACCGAGGACGACCACGGCCUGGUCUACCUUACCGACCUCAUGCAAGAGGAUCCGUAUCACCCGGGCGGUGGCCGUCUGGACCCCGCGUCCAGCCUGAAGUACUAUACGAACAGAUCGGGCAAGCUAAGAGCCCUGGCGGGGAUCCUAAAUUGCCACGUCGUCGUCAGGAAGGAGAAGGUCCUGCUCCUCUGCAAGUACCCAGCGAGCAUGGUACCCCUAUGCCAUCUCUGUGUCCUCAGCGGGAUCAACGUGGCCUGCAUCAAGCAGGCCACCCCGGACGUCGAGCGAGCAGAGUUGAUCGCGACAUUCAACGAUGCCACUGAUACGUCUAUCGACGUGAUGGUGAGUACCAUCGCCCUGGUGGGAUACGGCCUAAACCUGCACUCCGGGUGCAAUACGGUCGUUGUCGCGGAGCCCCCGACCGGGGCCAACCACGUGAUACAGGCAAUCGGCAGAGUCUACCGCUUGCUACAGCAGCGGUUCUGUUACGUGUACGUCCUCCACGCGCGAAACACCAUCGACCGGUUCGUGGACGCGUGGAAUAUGAUGAAGUUCCGACCCACUCUAGCCAGUGUUGGUGGCGACGUCCUACUUCAAUUCACCCUGGGCGCACUGCGACGAGAAUAUCGAGAGGGGCAAAAAAGGCACGACUGCACCGAUUGUGCGUGGUUUCAAGCCCCACCUGGCACCUACGACGAGUAUGCUGCCUGGCACAGGAACUUUGAGGCGCCUGCCAGGACCCCUUCGGGUCACCCAUUCAUGUACGUCGGCAAGGUUCCGUACGGUUUUCCUGCUGACCUCCAACUCACAGGCCUUGGCCCCAUCAACAAGGACUUCUCCGAAACCAGGUUCAUCAACACUAUAAGCCGCUAUGUUACGUCAGCCUAG